CAGACACCUCAGCCUGAAUGACUGCUUGCCUGUGAGGAGGGUCCCGCCCACCUGCCUGCAUCAGAACCAUGUGUGACCAGCAGCAGAUUCAGUGUUGCCUGCCACGCCCCAACUGCUGUGCGAAGGGUUCCUUCUUCUGCCCUUCCCAGGCCCCCUGUGCCAAGAGCCAGCUGGUGGUCCAAGUCCCUUGUGAGGUGCAAAUUGUGGAAUGCCCCGCACCAUGCCCAGCUCAAGUUUCCCAGGUGAAGUGCCAGGCUCCAUGCCAGUCUAAGACGCUACAGGUGAAGUCUCAGGCACCAUGCCAAUCUGAGACCAAACAGGUGAAGUCCCAGGCACCAUGUCAGUCUGAGACCACCCAAGUGAAGUGCCAGGCUCCAUGCCAGUCUGAGGUUUCCUAUGUGCAAUGUGAAGCUCCAUGUCCUGUUGAGACCUGCUACGUAGAAUGUCCUCCAGUUUGUUACACAGAAACUUAUCUGGAAUGCCCUAUCCAGACUUAUAUACCGUGUCUAGUUCCUCAGCCUGCCCAGACUUACAUAGAGAGUCCCCCAGUGUGCCACAUUGAGGGAUUUUCCACCCAGGGCCAAUAUCAGGGCUCCUACAGCAGCAGCGCCCUCCAGCGUCAGUCCCGGGCUGCAUUUAGCGCUUACGCACCCCAAUACCAGAUCCAGGACUCUUACCGGAGCUUCACCGCACAGCGUCGCUCUCAGAGCACCGGCAGAUGCCUCCCUCCUCGCCAGCUGCAGCCUUCUUACCGCAGCUGUUCCCCACCACGACGUUCUGAGCCCCACUACAGCGGCUGCCUGCCAUCAAGACGCUCUUCAGGUUCCUAUAACUACUGCACCCCACCCCGCCGCUCUGAGCCCAUCUAUAACAGUGACUGUUCUCGGGGUCCUUCUUCAGGGGGCUCUCAGAGAUGCGGACCCAAGUGUCGAAUAGAGAUUUCCUCCCCGCGCUGCCCCAAGCAGGUUCCCCCACAAAAGUGUUCUGUUCAGAUUCCUCCCAUAAGACGCUGCUCUGAGAGUUGUGCCUCACGACCCUCCUGGGGUACCUCCUGCCCGGACCUGAGGCCACGUGUAGAGCCGCAUCCACUCCCAAGCUUCCGUCCACCCCGGCGUCUGGACCAAUGUCCAGAGCCAUCACUACCGAGAUGUCCACUUCCUGUCCCACGUCCAUAUCCACGUCCAGAACCAUGCAUAAGUCCAGAGCCCCGCCCAUGCCCUCCACCACGGCAACUUUCAGAACCCUAUCUGUGUCCGGAACCACGUCCAGCCCCACGUCAUCGCCCAGGGCAGUGUGAGCUUCCAGAGCUACGUCCACGUCCGCAGCCCUGUGAACGCCCAGAACCUCGCCCGCUUCCAGAGCCAGUCCCCCUUCCAGCACCCUGCCCAAGCCCAGAGCCAUGUGUGGAGCCUAGGCGCUAUCCCAGCCCGUGCUUGGGCUCAAAUCCAAUUCCAUACCCAGAAGACCUAGGCUGCUGUGAGUCCAGUCCAUGCCGCCUGGACACAGAGGCCCCCAGCUGUGGCCCAGCUGGUUAUGAUCAGUGGCGAGAGAGUGGUGCUGGCUGUGGAUCUUGUGAUGUGUUUCCAGAGCCGUGGGGUCUGGGUGGUGGUGGAGACCAAAGAGGCACUUAUGCUGGAGUGAAAGGUGGGGCACCUGCUGGAGCAAAGGGUUCCUAUUUUUAAAGGAAGCGUGCCUGAGAUGUUCCUGUCUCCUGCCCUGAAAACGUUGCUCCUCCUUUCCUAGGAGCCACAAUUUCCAAUACGUGCUUGUUUGCAUCUCUCCAAAGACAUUCAGAGGCUCCCUGCUGCCGAGGUGAUGUCCAAACUCCUUUGCAUGUCAUCUCAGGAUCCACACCUGGAUAUCAGACACCUCUCCAGUCUGACUCCUCCUCUGUACACAGUUCUAGCCAGACCAGUCUGGCCACCGGGCACAUCUUGGGUGUUCCUCAGGACAUACCUUAGGUGUCUCUGCCUCCAAGCCUCUGCUCAUUCUUUCCCACCUGCCUGAACCACUUCUCUGCUACUCCCAGCAUCUGAAACCCAAUCCAUCUUUCAAGAUCUCUUCCUUGGAGCCUCUUUUGCUUGCUCCUACCCACAGAAGCCUGUGCUGACUUCCUAGAACUCAUUGCCUUGUCCACACCACCCAUUUGGCAACUGCUUUGCAACAUGUCUUGAAUUAUUUUUUCACUUUUCAGGUGUGUCUGUCUGACCUUCCCAACUAGGUUGUAAACUCCCAUUUGAGAGGAGCCUGAAUAUUCCUUAAGUCCAUGCUUCUCUUGGGGCAGGCAGCUGCUCCGCAAGUCUUGCGAGUUUGCAGCUUGAGCUGUCCUGAUGGUCAACCCCAGGACUGGGCACAAGAGGAGACCAUGCAACAAUAAAGAUGAUGAUACCCUUAUA